GAUGGCGGCGGCUGCGGUAGCGGCCGCGGCCUUGAGGCGCUGUGGAGCUGCUGCUGCGGCCGCGGGGCUGCGUAGGCGGCUCUGUCUUAUGAUGAAGAAUCCAUACCCUAUUGAGAAACAUCUACAUCAAUUUGUGCAGAGACCUCUUUUCCCACUACCUACAGCCUUAUGUAACAAAGUGAGAUACAUGUUUAUUCAAACACAAGAUACUCCAAAUCCCAACAGUUUAAAGUUUAUACCAGGAAAACCAGUUCUUGAGACAAGGACCAUGGAUUUUCCGAACCCAGCUACAGCGUUUCAAUCCCCUCUGGCUAGGCAGUUAUUUAGGAUUGAAGGUGUAAAAAGUGUCUUUUUUGGACCAGAUUUUAUCACUAUCACAAAGGAAAAUGAAGAAUUAGACUGGAAUUUACUGAAACCAGAUAUUUAUGCAACAAUCAUGGACUUCUAUGCAUCUGGCUUACCCAUAGUAACCGAGGAAGCACCUUCAGGAGAAGCAGGAUCUGAAGAAGAUGAUGAAGUUGUGGCAAUGAUUAAGGAAUUGUUAGAUACUAGAAUACGGCCGACUGUGCAGGAAGAUGGAGGAGAUGUUAUCUAUAAAGGCUUUGAAGAUGGCAUUGUACAGCUGAAACUCCAAGGUUCUUGUACGAGCUGCCCAAGUUCAAUCAUUACUCUGAAAAAUGGAAUUCAGAACAUGCUGCAGUUUUAUAUUCCAGAGGUAGAAGGUGUAGAACAGGUUAUGGAUGAUGAAUCAGAUGAAAAAGAAGCAAACUCACCCUAAAAUAAUAUGGAUUUUCUUUGGGCACAAAAGUUGGACUUGUUGACACUAUAUACUAAGCUUUUAUUAUUAAUAUGCUAAGGAACUUGAGGAUUAAUAAAAUAUACCCUUUCUUCAGAGAAUGAUAUAUAAA